AUGGAGCGCGGCGGUGGUUGCGGGGCUGGAGCGGGGACCGAGGGGGCUGCGCGGGGAUCCCCUCUCCCUGGGAAGAUGGCCGAGUCGGGUGCGGUGCGGACCUCGCCGCCCAACCACCGGCCUUCAGGCAUGGAUGGAUUUUUAAGAUCUGAUGAGAGACAAAGACUAGCUAAAGAAAGACGAGAAGAGAGAGAAAAAUGUCUUGCUGCCCGGGAGCAGCAAAUCCUGGAGAAACAGAAAAGAGCUAAGCUCCAGUAUGAAAAGCAAAUUGAAGAACGAUGGCGGAAACUGGAAGAGCAGCGGCAGCGGGAGGAUCAGAAGAGGGCUGCUGUGGAAGAGAAGAGGAAGCAGAAACUCCGGGAGGAGGAGGAGCGGCUGGAGGCGAUGAUGCGUCGGUCCCUGGAGCGCACACAGCAACUGGAGAUGAAGAAGAAGUGCUCGUGGGGAACUUCACUGGCCACAGGGCCUGGAGGACGUGAUGCAUGUGACAAACUUUCAACAUCAGCCAUGAAUUUGCCAAAGCAGACGGAGCCUCCCAUGAGUAAGCGCCUGUCUUCAUCCACCGUGGCAAUAUCCUAUUCCCCAGACCGAGCUCAUCGCACACACCUUAGUCCCAUGGAAACCUUUCUUGUUAUGCGACUGUUGACUCCCACACAGGCUUCUUUAGCCAGAAGCAGAAGUACACUCACGCUCUCUGAGCAAACCAGUGACUCAGUAUCCCAUGCCUAUCCUCGUGUAGCUCCUGCUGGCCCUCUUAAAUCUUCUUACAAGUCUUCUCCCACUCGGAGUGCUGAGAGGAAGAAGACUACAUCUACAUCUGGCACAGGAGAUUCUGGGAAAGGAGCCCCUGCAGGAGCGGAGGCCUCUCCGGUAGAGAAGAUGAAGAGAGGUCCUCGAACAACAGCUUCCGUUCCCAGUGUGGGCCUCGGGUCUCCUCUGAGAAGAUGUGAGUUUCCAGGAAGCAUUUCUAAGCGGUCAUCCUCUCCAGUGACAUCCAAGACAACUUCAAAAGCAUAUCCACAGUCUCCAAAGAAUGUGAAGCCACCAUACCCAGGGUCUCCUGUGAAGUACCGCUCUCCCACCUUUCCCAGCCAGGAAACACCCAAGAGGAAAGCAGAGAAAGAGAAGAGCAAUAAAGAAAGGGAGGGUGCCCUGGCCCAGCAGGCAGCUGGCCUGCAUGGGGAGGAAGCCCCAGAGAAGCACGUGGUGGACAAGCAUGUCACGGAGAAGCAUUUGGCCACAGGAGGGAAGACCGAGGGCAGUGGAACCUCAGGGAAGCCCACGGCAGGCACCACUGAUGCAGGAGAGGCUGCAAAGAUCCUGGCUGAAAAGAGACGACAAGCCCGGCUACAGAAAGAGCAGGAGGAGCAGGAACGGCUGGAGAAGGAAGAACAGGACAGGCGGGAGAGAGAGGAAUUGAAAAGAAAGGCAGAGGAGGAAAGGCUUCGCCUAGAAGAGGAAGCCCGUAAGCAGGAGGAGGAAAAGAAACGGCAGGAAGAGGAAGAAAAAAGAAAGGCAGAAGUGGAGGCUAAGAGGAAGGCCAAGGAGGAGCUGUUGUUAAAAGAAGAGCAAGAAAAGGAAAAACAAGAAAAAGAAAAGCAAGAAAAAGCCAUGAUUGAAAAGCAGAAGGAAGCAGCAGAAGCAAAGGCCCAGGAGGCAGCUAAACAGAUGCGUCUAGAAAGAGAACAGAUCAUGCUGCAGAUUGAGCAGGAGCGCCUGGAGAGGAAGAAGAGAAUAGAUGAAAUCAUGAAGAGAACAAGGAAGAGUGAUGUGUCUCCAGAAGUGAAGAAAGAAGACCCAAAAGUAGAGCUUCACUUGCCUGUGUAUGUGGAAAAUAAGACAAAACCAGUUGUCCCGAACAAAAUAGAAAUAAAUGGGUUGAACACCUGCCAGGAAGUUAAUGGUGUGGGGCGUACUGCCCCAGAAACUUUUCCUCGAGACGUUUUCUCUAAUGGGCUUAAACCAGUUGGGGGACUUGUUCAUCUAGACACCCUUGAUGGGAAAUCAAACAGCCUGGAUGACUCAACUGAAGAAGUUCAGUCUAUGGAUGUGAGUCCUGUUUCAAAGGAAGAGCUUAUCUCCAUCCCAGAAUUUUCACCAGUAAGUGAAAUGAUUCCUGGGGUGUCUCUGGACCAAAAUGGAACUGGUAAUGCCCGAGCACUUCAAGAUCUCCUAGAUUUCACUGGCCCGCCCAUGUACCCCAAGCGAUCCAGUGAAAAUCUCAGCCUGGAUGACUGUAAUAAAAACUUGAUUGAAGGAUUUAACAGUCCUGGCCAAGAAAAUACUCUGAACACCUUCUGUUGA